AUGGUGUCGGUAUGGACAGGGUGUCGGUUGACAGACGAUGGCGGCUGUGAGAGGACGGCGGAGGAGAAUGGACGGUGGCGGCGACGACCUGGACGGCGUGGGUUGGGCGGGACAGGGGCGAUGAGUACGGCGGCGGCGGCGGCUUUUCCAGCGUCGAUUGACGGCGCAAUCCGAAUAACGGCAUUGGUACGGGUGGAUGUGGCUGUGGAAAGGAGGAGACGUCGCCAGUGCAUCACCACAGUGACAGGAAGAGACUGUUAUUCGACGGCAAGUGGCUGUUGGCGGCGGGAUAGUGCAGUGGUUGUGGGCGUCAAUGAGUGUUGUGCUGGUGUGAGGUGCCGGUCGGAGGCGACGGGUGGUAGAUAA